AGGCAACCGGAAGGGGCGGGCCUAAGGAGAGAGAGAGAGAAGAGACGGCGCCGCCGCCGAGAUGGCUGGUUGCGGGAGCAGCGCCCGAGGCCUGGGCCGACUCCUCCUGCAGAAAAAUGGGGUCCGGCAUUGUUCCUAUUCAGCCACACGGAAGAAUCUUUACAUCAAUAAAGACACAAAAGUUAUCUGCCAGGGUUUUACCGGAAAACAGGGUACCUUUCAUAGUCAACAGGCUUUGGAAUAUGGCACCAAUCUAGUAGGAGGGAUCUCUCCAGGCAAAGGGGGCAAAACCCACUUGGGACUUCCGGUCUUUAACUCAGUGAUAGAGGCUAAGGAGAAAACAGGUGCUACGGCCUCCGCCAUAUACGUGCCACCGCCGUUCGCAGCCGCUGCCAUCAACGAAGCCAUUGACGCCGAAAUCUCCCUUGUUGUGUGCAUUACAGAAGGUAUUCCUCAGCAGGACAUGGUGCGCGUCAAACACAAGUUACUUCGGCAGGACAAGACUCGGCUUGUUGGCCCCAAUUGCCCCGGCGUUAUCAACCCUGGAGAAUGCAAAAUUGGUAUCAUGCCCGGUCACAUUCACAAGAAAGGAAGAAUUGGUAUUGUAUCAAGAUCCGGAACUCUGACAUACGAAGCUGUUCAUCAGACAACUCAAGUCGGACUGGGACAAUCCGUCUGUGUUGGAAUCGGAGGAGACCCGUUCAAUGGAACAAAUUUUAUUGACUGUCUGGAUGUCUUCCUGAAGGAUCCCCACACGGAAGGGAUCAUAUUGAUAGGCGAGAUUGGGGGAAAUGCUGAAGAGGACGCUGCCGACUUCCUUAAGAAAAACAAUUCUGGUCCAGACUCCAAGCCGGUUGUGUCGUUUAUAGCCGGAGUCACCGCUCCUCCAGGCAGAAGGAUGGGCCACGCGGGAGCAAUCAUUGCCGGUGGGAAAGGUGGAGCUAAAGAGAAAAUUACUGCCCUUCAAAACGCUGGGGUGACUGUCAGUAUGUCUCCUGCUCAGCUGGGAUCCACCAUGUACAAGGAGUUUGAGAAGAGGAAAAUGCUGUGAGAAGAGGAGGAGGAGGAGGUAGGGGGCUUGCCAUCGUAUCAGCACAACCCUCGCCUCCCUUUCUGCUCUGUGCUUUUCAGGCACACAUUUUUCGUUGAAAACAUCAACUGACACCCGUCCUAAGAAUCCAGCUAUAAAGCCACACGGUUUGAUUUUCAGUGGCUCUUUUGUUCAGACAUGAUUGUGCAUCGUAGCAGACAAAUAAAUCUACUACUAAACUUGAUGAUUUUA